AUGGUUGCGUCUCUGGCAAUUAUUUCUGGAGGUACUUCGACCAAUGAGCUGGUCAAUAUGUUUAGCAACAUAUCCGAUAACGUCUCGUACAUCCUGCCUAUCAGUGAUAACGGAGGCUCCACGUCUGAAUUGUUACGUGUGAUUGGUGGUCCAGCCAUUGGAGAUAUUCGUUCGAGAAUCACGCGAUUAAUUCCAGAUGAUUCUGCUUUUCUGCGGAACUUGUUGGCAUAUCGUUUACCUGCAAAUCCAGCCGAGGCCAAGGUGGAGUGGAACUCCAUAGUAGAGGGUAAUCACAAGAUAUGGGAUCCAGUGGAUGCCCCCAAAAAGGAGAUCGUCAGGGCUUUUCUUAUUCACGUUCAUACUGAACUUUUGAAGAGGUCGCGGAAUUCCACCAAGGAUUUCCGAUUGGAAUUGGCAAGUGUGGGCAACAUGUUUCUGACUGGUGCCAGAUUGUUCUGCGGCUCGUUGGACUCUGCGAUUGAGCUAGUGUUGAGCCUGGCAAGGGUCAGCCCCGGUACACGCGUUCUGCCGUGUCUUAACACCAAUUUCACAUAUCAUAUCAGUGCCUUGUUGAAGAACGGGAGUAUUGUCACUGGUCAAUCGCAAAUUUCACACCCCACCAGCGACACAGGUGCGGCCACCAUCAACUCCUGUGACGUACUGUCCCCACCGAAAGCCCUGUUUAUUAGUCCAGUUGGUGAGUAUGCAUCAGUAGAGUCUCCAAAGGCUUUGGUUACGAAUUCUCUUGGUUUGGGUUUGGGGUUUCCUCACGAUAACGUUAAUGAGAGUUUGCUCUACAGCAAGCUAAUGGACCUGGAGGUGAGUGACACCGAAUUAAUACACAGCCACAAUGGGACCAAUAACUCAGAAUCAGAAGAGGAAGGUGAGUAUGCUACUCCGGCCUACACUCAUCCGGAUCUAAAGAAAUCCCAACUGCACUUCAACAAGGAUGACUCGAUCCCACUCCCAUCUGCGAUCAGCAAAAUCUUCUAUAUUUCGCCUUAUGGAGAAGAGAUAUUUCCAGCCGGUCAUCCGCGGGUUCUCAAGUGCUUGGGAGCAGCAGAUGUUGUGAUUUACUCCAUUGGGUCCUUGAUGACGAGUAUCGUUCCUGUUCUGAUUCUUCAGGGUGUUGGGGAGGCCAUCAUGAAGGAGGAGUCCCAAAUACCGAAGAAAAAAGUUUUGCUCUUGAACGGUUCGCUUGAUAGAGAAACGUCUUGGCUCGAUGCGGGGGGAUUUCUGGAGACGAUUGCAUCCUCUUUGAGGUAUAGUAUGACGGCCCAGAAGAAGAGACGGGCAAGUUCUGUUCCCAACCAAGGCCAAAGAGAUCCGGCGAAUUUGCGGGUUUCCUCGUUUGUCACUCACCUCGUUCAUCUUGAGCCUUCCGAGAAUAUUCCAGUUGAUAAAGCUCGAAUUGAGAGCCUUGGUGUCAAAUGCGUGGGAGUGAGGAACGAGAAAAACUACAAUGACAGGUACGAUCUGGAUGAUCUGGAGAGGAAGAUUAAGGCCUUAAUUGACGACCAUGUGUAA